AUGGCAUUGCCGCCGGAUUUACAGUCGCCUGAAUCCUAUGUUAUAUCAUUGUCGCCGUCGCCGGGUAUAUCUCCUUCGGCGUUUGAAGAAUUGUAUACGAAUCCGAACUUUUUUAUCCCUCCAGUUCUGAAGGCCAGAAGCAGUUUCGAUUUAGCCAGCAUUGCCAUUAUCGCCGCCUUCCUCCUCCUCUCUGUUCUUUCCUUUUUAUUCAUAUUCCACCUUCGCCUACAGUCCCGCAGAAUGCAGCAUUUACAAGAGUUUAACUCUCUCUGGAUCGUGAGAUUACUCCUUGUAACAUUUGCUUUUCUCUGGGCUGUGAAUGAAAUUAUACGCCUACCAACUGUUCGACGAACUUACCUCGACCCUUUUUUAACGUUAAAUCAACAAACAAAUCUGUGUAAAUUCCAUGUUGUUCUUUCUCUUGGAUUAUACGAACCAGGUUUCUUAAUCACCCUUCUUUUCUUGGUUAAUGUUUCGAUUAAGAAAAAAAACCCAUGUCGAAUGUGGGCUCUAUUGUGUGUGUCCAUGGUGUGUUCCCCCAUGACAUUGAUACAGACAGUUCUUGUCUACUUUGCCCCAUUGGAGACACAGCUUCCUAAAUUCGUGCAUGGUAGUUCAAUUCUUACAAUUGAUUUUCAAGGAAACAAAACUGUUCUUUGCACAUACCCAUUUUUCGGCUGUGUUGUUUUUUUGGUAUUUGCAAUUGUUUAUGCAUUAGCUUUCUUGAUUUCAUGUUGGAGGGUGCUGGACGUUGUGAUCAACAAGAGUAUUCGUGUACGAAUCAACGUGCUGCUUGCGGCCAUAAUGGUGGCGCUGCCAAUGCAAAUUAUCUGCCUCGGACUAUCGUGGUUGUGGCUGCCCGAGGAUGACGAGUAUGGCUGUGUCGUGCUAGUCAUGUUCUUUUGCAUCGUCACGUGCAUGGUGGUGGGAGAGGUUAUAUUGAUAAUAAAGCCAAUCACCGAUGCCUUGGUGGCCGGGUGUGAGUGUUGUCGGCGUUUCCUUGGCGGAUUACGGCUGAGGAGGCCGGUGGAGCAAAGAGAACAAGUGGAUCAUCAAGAACCGGGUCUAUAG